AAAAGUGUUUAUAAAAGUGUUCAAAGUAAGAUUAAAUUAAAGUGUUAGGAACUUUAUCGUAAUAAGUGUGGCAUUGAAUAGAACUUUACAACAAAUCAAGAUGGCGUUCGCUGCGGCUCGUAUGAUAUUGAAGGAUAAGCGACGAAAGGCUUCCAAGGAGGACUUCAGGGAUCCCAGGAAUAGAAGCAAGGCCCGGAGCGCUAGCACCAGUAGCUUUAGGAGUGUUAGUCAGGCUCGAAACAAACCAGCGGACGGAGGUGGCCAUGUCAAUCAAAAGAAUGUCGCCGGACAGAAAGCAACCCCACCCUGCCAAAAAGGUGCAUCUACCAAGGGCGGUCCUAAGACCCCCGUGAAACCAUCAGCACAGAAAGGCGCAGCGAAGACAGCGCCACCAAAGCAAGCUGCGGCCGCGGCGGUCAAGACUCCACAGGGCAAGAAGAAGAAGGGCCACAAGCAUCAGCAGUAUGAACUUAUUGUUACCAUCAAUUUGUCCGAAUAUGGUCUCACUGAGGAACAAGUUGCAGAAUUCAAGGAAGCGUUCAUGCUGUUCGACAAAGACGAAGACGGCACUAUCACGAUGGCGGAGCUGGGAGUUGUGAUGCGCUCGCUCGGACAACGACCCUCAGAGACGGAACUGAGAGACAUGGUGAAGGAAGUUGACCAGGACGGCAACGGAACUAUCGAAUUCAACGAAUUCCUCCAAAUGAUGUCCAAGAAGAUGCGCGGGGCUGAUGGAGAGGACGAGCUGAGGGAAGCUUUCAGGGUAUUCGACAAGAACAACGACGGCUUAAUCUCGUCGGUGGAGUUGCGCCAUGUGAUGACCAACCUGGGAGAGAGACUGAGUGAGGAAGAAGUUGACGACAUGAUCCGCGAGGCCGACCUCGACGGCGACGGCAUGGUCAACUACGAUGAGUUCGUAACAAUACUGACAUCGAAAAACUAGUAUGCAGAGCAAAGGCCACCGAGAGAUCGUCCCCCGCCCGUCCUGCGACAGUGUCCUCACCACGAACUGUUCAGGUUCGGAGGGAACGAAACUCUUAUAUAGUUGCCAACCUUACUCAGAACUAGUGUGAACGUAAACAAACGUGUUUCCGUUUACCGUACAGUUAAGUAUAAAAGUGUUAAUGCAAACAUUUGUGUUAAGAAAAACGUUUUAUAGGAUGCGCUUUAAUGCAGUGUUUAGAUGUGUGAAGUGUUACAACAAAACAUUGUAAAAAUAUCCCAUUAAAAUUCACAAUCAAAUAUAAUAGCUUUGAGAUGUUCUUUUCAUUGUAUCAUUUUGUAUCGCAUAACAUUUUGUAAUGAAAAAAAAAUUAAAUUAUAAUUUCGUCGGUGUCCAAAUUAAGGAAGGCAGGGUAAUCUGCACAUCACUUCACAUAUUAUCAAUCGCUUUCAACGUUAGAAUAGAUAUAAUAAUAAUACGCGCACGAUCAGAAUAAGAUUUCUGACUUAGACGUUAACUUCACUUAAAGUAUUUUAUAAUUUGCACUGAGAGUUUUCUUCGCAUUAUCGUCUAAAACGGAACAUAAAUGAAUCUUAAUUUUUAUCUCAACUCU